GGGGAGGCCUUUCUCUAUGUCACAUAAGUUCGGCCUCCACACCCAUUUCACUUAGACAUCACCGGCACAAAUCUCUGCAUCAUCUCAACUUUUACAACUGAGGACGGUCAAAAUGAUAUCGGAGUUUCUCGGACAACUUACCAUCAACAUCGGGGGCCAUGAAGAAAAGUUCCCCACAGUGGUACCUGCUGCAGACUUCGACCCCGACAGAGAUGCUGCAAGAAUAGAGACGGCUAUCAAAACCAAAGGAGUGGAUGAGCAGACCAUCAUUGAUGUCUUAACAAAGCGUCCCUAUUACCAAAGGAGAGACAUUGCCUUUGCAUAUGAAAAGAGGGCAAAGAAGGACAUGAUCACAGCCCUUAAGGGAGCGCUGUCCGGCUCGCUGGAAACUGUGAUCCUCGGACUGAUGAAGAGUGCGACCCAGUUUGAUGCCUCAGAGAUCAGAGGAUCUAUCAAGGGUUUGGGAACAGAUGAAGAAACUCUGAUUGAGAUUUUGUGCUCACGCAGCAACGACGAGCUGGUGGAAAUCAAGAAGGUCUACAAGGAGCUGUUCAAGAAGGAGCUGGAGAAAGAUGUGGCUGGUGAUACGUCUGGGAACUUUGCCAAGCUGCUCCUGGCUCUUGUGCAGACCAAGAGAGCAGAACCAUCUGCAGUUGUAGACUAUGAAAAGAUUGACCAAGAUGCCAGAGCUCUCUAUGAUGCUGGAGUAAAGAUAAAAGGAACCGAUGUACCAACCUGGAUCUCCAUUAUGUCCGAGAGAAGCGUCCCCCACCUGCAAAAAGUGUUUCAGAGGUACAAGAGUUACAGCCCCUACGACAUGCAGGAGAGUGUCGUGAAGGAGGUGAAAGGAGAUUUGCAGAGGUCCUUCCUGGUGCUAGUUCAGUGCUUUGAAAACAAACAGCUGUUCUUCGCCAAAAGACUGAAUGAAGCCAUGAAGAGUAAAGGAGCCAAGGAGAAGAUAGUGACCAGAAUUAUUGUGUCGCGCUGUGAGGUGGACCUGAAGAAGAUCUGCUCUGAAUACAAGGCCAACUUUGGACAGUCUCUGCAACAGACUAUCGCGGAACAUACCAAGGGGGACUAUCAGAAAGUGCUGCUUGGCCUCUGUGGAGCAGAGGAGUAAAAAAAAAAAGUAUCCUCAGUGUCGAAUAGGUGUCACUUUCCACCACUGGAAAUCUGUUACUGGAAACUUGUGAUUACAAUCCCUGGAACAAUAUCUGCCGCGAAAUCCCGUCGUACUUUUUCUGAACAUAUGAUUGAGUGCAACAUUCAAAGAAGUUCUUUUUACUACUUAAAAAUCUGAAUGACAGUGUAUGUUUGUUAUACUAAAGCAAUAAUAAAGUUGCUUCAUUGGAGCACUUUUUGUUACUU